AUGCCAAUGACAGACGAGACUGACCACAGCGGCGGGGUUAUUCUGGAUGGACCCUUUGAUCCUGAUGCGCAAGCAACAGUAACAGAUUAUAUCGACUACACGGAAUACCUCCCAGCUGAUCUCAUCCGAUCCUUAACCCACAUCCGCGGUUUAGACGACCGCUACCUCGACUCCGCGCAAUCAGUCCACAACCUUACCAGAACCUACGGACAGCUCCCCGAGCUACCCUCUGAUGAGCGCCCAACCGCGAUAUCCCUUCGUCGAGAUAUAUCGCAUCAACUCGAUCGCGCCAUAAACGCCCGCGAAUCCGCGUACGCGGAGGCUAGCCGCCUCUACGAUGUCGUAGAUCGCCACUUCGAUCGCCUGAACUGCAUUAAGCAGAAGCUGGAAGGAUUACCGAAACCCCCUUCUGUGGAGCCGUCGCCACCGCCAGAGCCUACGCCGAAGCGUGUGCGCAAAGAUAAAAAGUCCAGCGCGUCGGCAACGCGUAUCACCUUGCGUUUAGAUAAUCCGAAAGGCAGGGGAACGAACAAGUCUAGGGGGCGACGUUCGGGCGUUGCAGAGCAUUUGGUUGGGUUUAACCCCGACUCUCCACUUGCUAGUACUGAGCAAUCUGAUGCGGAUGUUGAGAUGGAAGUGAUUGCUCCCAAAGCACCGAAGCGUCCAAAGAAAGAAAAGCAGCCUAGGCGCCAAAGCUCAACCGCGGGAGCGGCCGCAAGUAAUGCACUUGCUUUGUUGAAACCGCCUCCUGAGGAUGCGAAGGUUGGCAGUGAGGAUUUGCCGUGGUUGCGAUUGACAGAGUGGGAGAUGACAAGACUGCGAAAGAAGAUGAAGAAGAAUGCGGUGUGGCAGCCCAGUGAGGUUAUGAUUCACCGUGAAUUAUCUCUCUCUGGUCGUGGUUGGGAGGCCUACGCGGCCGCUAAAAUUGAGGCUGAGGAGACUGGAAAGCAGUUCAUUGACUGUGACAAUAUCGAACAAACGCGUCGCGGUGAGAAGCCCAAGGACCUGGAGGAGACAAAGUUGAGCAAUCGGGGCAUGAAGUUGAACGAGGCGAAGAAGCUCAAACGUGAGAUGCUAGCCAGAGAAGCAGCACUACUUGAGGGUCUCGAUCCUGCUGAGGCUGAUCUAGUCCUGCCGAUGUUGACAAAAGCUCCGUCUAAUCAAGGAACUCCGGCGAACCGAUCAUCACGAAAGAGAAAACGAGAAGAAAUUGCCGUGGAAGAUGAUCUGGAAACCUCACUUCUUGAACCUGCAGCUGCACCAACACCUGUACCAGCAUCUUCGAAAAAACGCCGCCGAUCUAGCCGAGGAGCUCCUUCAAAUGGUCCAGCAGAGGUGAUUAGCGCUCCUGCUCCUGUACCUGUGCCUGCUGUUGUCACAAAAGCAGUCGCUGAAACAAAGGCACCAAAGGUAUCCCCGCCAUUGCCAUCACCGACAGGAUCAAAGCGCUCUGCUAGGUCAAUCCCUCAGCCUACAACUAAAGCGCCUACUACCAAAACACCUACACCACCGAGCACACGCCCUUCAUCCAGACGCUCUGCAGCCGCCGCAUCCAUUGAGCUUGGAGCCUUAUCGGGUAUCUCUGCAAUUGCCGCAGCCAGUGGGCGAGAUCUACGUGUCAAGAGCGCCACCCCUGCUAGAAAAACCCCCAUCCGAGAAACGUCACAUGCCCCCAGCGUUCCUGGGCCAGCUCGCCGGCGCAAGCGUCCAGCCCCUGGCCCGGUUUCAUCCGGCCAAGAUGGCGGUGCAGCUGUCAGUUAUGGUCGCCGCAAAGCCAAGCCUGGAAAAAAGCGCCCUAGUACUAGUAUUCGAAAUUCACAAGAUGUUCGCGUUGAUGAAGACGGUGUUCUUGAAGAGAUUGACGCCAACGAGCCUCGUUAUUGUCUCUGCGGAGAUGUUAGCUUUGGAACAAUGAUCUGCUGUGAGAAUCAAGAUUGUGAUCGUGAGUGGUUCCACCUUGAUUGCGUUGGUUUAUCUGAGGUGCCUUCGCGCACAGCUAAAUGGUAUUGCCCCGAAUGCCGUGUUAAGUUCAGUAAGGGUCUAGAUGGCAUUGUCAAGGGUAAUUCUCGGCGAUGA